AUGCUUACACUGGGUUAGUGUAUAAAUUCGUCUGGUGGACGACCAGGCGUCCGCGCUUUCCUCACUUGUACCCUUCUCCAUCUGCAAUCGAUUCUCUCGUCUCCUUGGGUUUUCUUCUUAGUGCCUGCGGUCGGAGUUGUUUUGAGGAGUUAUCUGGACGCCCAACAGGGGCUUUGCAAUCCCCAUGCUUUGCGCAUAAAGAGAUAACCUGUAGCAUUGAGUUGAAACUGAAAGAGACCUAGUUGGGAACUGAAGCGGCACAAGCUUUUGGUGAUUUCGUUUCCAUCUACAUGGAUAACUAUAGUGGUCCUGGGCUUAGUACUAUGUCGAAACCUAUGAGGAAGAGGCGGAGUAAUUUGAACCGUCGUCCUCCAAAUGAAUCUCAGUCUCCUCAAGAGUAUCGUGAUUCUAUUUCACUGUCAUCAACACCAUCAGACCAUGUUAGCGAUGCACCAAGUGAAGGCAAUGUUGUUCAUGAAGCUAUGAAUUGGACAAAGGGACUGACAUCCAAUCAAUGCAUUUCUAGGGCAUCAUACACUAACCUUGCUGAUGCUGAAACAGUGCAUAACAGCUAUGAUAUGGACAGAGUAUUUGAGGAAUCCAAUAGCCUUAACAGGUCUAUUGAAGAUAACACCGCAGCAGCUAGCUGCAAGAUUUUGACAAUGAGUGACAAUAAAAUGAGCGAAAUGUUAAUUGGCAGCGUCCCAUCUGGGCAACCGGGGAUGACAUCUGAUGGAAUUGGAACUGGAAGCAAAUUCAAUAAGGUUAAACUCAAGGUUGGAGGUGUAACACAUACAAUUCACACGAGAUCCAGUUCUGAUGGUUCUUCUGUAGCUGGAACUUCUGCCACUAAAUCUACUCCUUCAGAUACCAUUUAUCCUCCCCAUAAACUGGGCCAUCAGGAAAAUUUUGAUCCCCAUUAUUUUAUGGGUGAAAAAGGUGGCCUUCGCGGUGUCCCAUGGAAAGAUUUUUCCAAAAUUGGUUUCAGCUUUCGUAAGGUGGAUACUUUGAGAGUGGAUGCACCAGAGGAAUCUGUCAAGCCAGCUCUGAAGCUUGGGCGGUCUUCUAAAAGCAAGUCGAUAAUUAAAAAAUAUUCAUCUGAUGAAGUAUAUGACGUAGAAGAUGAUGAAGAUGAUGAUGAGAUUCGAUACCUUCAAAAGCUCAAAACUUCCAGAAUUGCGUCCUAUGAUAAUACUGAAUAUGAAGAUGACACCAGAGGCAAGAAAUUGCGCAAGAUCUCCAGGGUAAUGGAUAGAAAUAUUGAUGGGCAUGCUUUGGGCAUUGGAGACUAUGAUUCUUCAAGAUCAGGCAAGGAAAAUAAGAAAUCCAGAUCAGUGAGAGCAUCUGAAGAUACUGACUAUAUGGAAGAGGAAGAAUCGGUAUCUGAUGGUGAGAUCGAACAGAAGAACAAGAAACAGAAAAAAGAGCCAAUUGAUGUAUCCGAAUACUCCAAGAAGGAAAGUUUAAUCACUACCCGCCGGAGGGCUAUUCUGACCGGUAGAGACAUCUCACCAGGUUUAGGUGCUAGUUUAAUCCAAUUUCCAGAUGGAUUACCACCUGCCCCACCAAGAAAGCCAAAAGAGCAACUAUCUGAAGUGGAGCAGCAAUUGAAAAGAGCUGAGGCUGCUCAGAGGCGUAGGAUACAAAACGAGAAAGCUGCUCGUGAGUCUGAGGCCGAGGCAAUUAGAAAAAUAUUGGGUCAAGAUUCCAGCAGGAAAAGGAGAGAAGAGAAGAUUAAAAAACGCCAGGAGGAGUUAGCACAGGAGAGGACUGCAAAUGCUGCUACAGUUGCAUCCAACGUUGUGCGAUGGGUCAUGGGACCUUCAGGGACAGUUGUAACAUUUCCAGACGAGAUUGGACUCCCAAGUAUAUUUGAACCAAAGCUGUGCAGUUAUCCACCUCCACGAGAGAAAUGUGCCGGUCCUUCAUGUACAAAUACAUACAAGUACAGAGAUUCAAAGUCGAAGCUCCCUCUUUGCAGCCUCCAGUGUUACAAGGCAAUAAAUGCGAAGGCCCAACUUCUGCCCGCUUGGUAAAUUGCUCACUCAGCAUCCAAUUUCCAUGACCAUGUGUAUCCAUAGAUGCCAUAGUUACAAUCCAAAUACACCGUGUGUAUUGUCAUACUUAUAUGCCUAUAGAAACCUCAUAACGAGGUUUGUUCAUGUUGUGAUGUUCUGAAUCGUGUCGACUAUGUACAAAGAUCUUCUGUAGCUUGAAUUGCCUUGUCAGGUUGGCCUCAAACGGCAUAAUUCUAAGUUAUAUGUGUACAAUGUCCAAAUUGUAACAGCUUAAAGGAAAUCUAUAUUCCUCUUAGCGGUUGUAAUAUUAUUUCUCUUCAAAAUUCA